UCAACGGCAAAAGUGUUGUACUGGAGAUAAAGUUCGGCAAUGUUGCUCAAACUUUCUGCUGUUUUUGCUAACACAUGUUGCUCUGACGGCGAUGGUGAUCGGAUACUCUCUUCUUGGAGGCUGGUUAUUCUCCGCGUUAGAGGUUGGCGAGGAAAUCCGACAGAAAUCUGUCAUCGGCAAAAUCCGCUCCAAGCACAUAGAUGAGUUGUGGGACGCCACCGAGAGGUUGAACGUAUUUCAUAAAUCCGCGUGGAUGAGGGCAGCUGAGGACUCGUUCAUCGCCUUCCAGACGGAGAUCUACUCGGCCGUGAGGGAGGAUGGCUGGGACGGGACAGAAUCUGGGGACGACAUCCAAUGGACGUUUACUGGAGCAUUACUCUACUCCGUUACGACCAUAACGACGAUUGGGUACGGUCAUAUCACACCUAAGACUGCCUGGGGCAGGGCAGCUACUAUUUUCUACGCCCUCAUUGGAAUACCUCUAACUCUCCUUUGCCUUUCCAAUAUCGGUGAGUCCCUCGGCAAGUGUUUCAAGUUCCUUUAUGGCAGAAUAAUAUGUGGCCUGUGUCGUGGAUACAAACGACAGCAUCUCCGGAAGGUUUCUUCCAUUCAGAAGAAACCCGUGAAAAAAUCACAGGGUUGUGGCUGUUGUAGGGGAGAUAACCCCGAGGUGCCGGAGACUGAAGCGAGAGGUUUUACCUCUGACAAACCUGAAGCGAGAGACUUUACCUCCGACAAACCUGAAGCGGAAAUGGAAGUUUUUACCACCGACGCUGAAGCACCUUCCGUUAAACCCCCAUCGCCCGUCAAAGAGACCACUCGGGUGCCAGUGAUCGUCACCAUAGCUAUUAUGGUAGGCUAUGUUUUACUGGGCUCUCUGUUGUUUACGCUCUGGGAAGAAGACUGGGACUUCUUGACUGGAUCAUAUUUCUGUUUUAUUACUCUCAGUACCAUAGGAUUCGGUGAUGUCGUUCCUGGGAGCAGCCUACAAUCCUGGUCGAGUCAGGAGAAGCAAGUGUUGUGCGCGUUGUAUCUAUUGUUUGGGCUGGCCCUUCUCGCCAUGUCGUUUGACCUGAUGCAAGAACAGGUUAGACAUACUUGUCGACGCGUGGGCCUGUGUCUGAGAAUUAUCCGUGAGAAAGAGCCUUAAAAGGUCAUCAGAUAACUCUCCGAGAUAAUCAUUGUAGAAUGGCAUGUGGAAUAUUCCUGAUAAUUAAUCAGAAAAGGAAUCUUAAUAUAGCACGGAUAACUAUGCGAGCUAAAUAACUAUAUGGGCCUAGUAACAUAUUUCUGACUUAUAAUUAUUCGAAAUAUAGUGUAAAAUAGCAUUUGUGAGAUGUUUGAAAAUUAUCCCUGAGAUCGAAUAUUAAAACAGCGUUUGAUAUUUGACUGUUCAUUAUCUGGGAUAACCAAUUGCAAAAUCACCUUUAGAAUGUGCCUUAGACUUAAUCGAGACAAAAAAUUGUAAAUCAGCAUUGCGGUUUAUUGUUUUGAGAAUUCUUGGAGAGAAAAAUCGUAAAAUGCUUGCGCGGUAACAUUUACCCAAGAGACUACCCGCGAGAGGAAAAUCAUAAAAUAACAUUUGGGAUAUCCUUGAGAAUUUACAGAAAGUGCAUGCUAAUUAUCUCAGAUUUUCUUAAAAAAGACAUUUGUUGUGUAUUUGACCACUACAAAGCGUUGAAAUUCUAGUGGCUUCAUAUAAGAGGACCUGUUUGAAAUGACUAAACGUGUCCUUAGUUGUUUGGAAAUGAGCUGUAGCCAUGGGGCAUAUUUGAAGUCUUCCACGCCUUCAUGUAAUAUUCAAGUGGUUCAGGAGUGCGUGCAUAAUACUAUAACUUAAGUAAUGUAUUGCUCUUAAUGUUACCGGUUAUGCCAAGCACUCAAUUUUUCUGAUAGGGCGAAACAUAGCAACAAUACUCCGAUGCGGCUCUAUAAGGUUGAUGAUUCUGCCAGGUUCAAGCAAAAUGUGUCACUUUAAAAAAAAGCGGAACUUCAUUUGAAUAUAGUAAGUCACGUAUAGUGUCACCAGCAUGGCAUUGCAGUGAGACAUCCCUAAAUAUAAUAUGCUACAUGUACAAGGAAACACAGUCGCGAAUGAAUAAACAUGUAGUCCUGUAAACAGCCUGAUAUAAUUAAAGACGUACAGCAUAGAUAGUAAAACUAGAGCUGUCAUGACAGUGUGAUAGAUGUACACCAUAGAGUGAGACCAGAGCAGCUUGUCAACUCUCUCUUGUCAAUCUACCUCUGCUAGGAUUUUAUUCUAACUGUUCAUGUAAAUGCAUAAAGAGUAGUAAUUA